CGCGGCUAGCGCGCCCGCCUUGCCUUAGCCUGCCGCGCCGCGCCCGCCCGCCGCCUUGGGGGACGAGGAGCAGGACGCGGCCUCGGCGGGGCCCGGGCCGAAUCGCUGCGGGCCGCUGAGCGCCGGGGAGCCGAGCGCCGCGGUCUCCGGCAUGGAUCAGUGCGUGACGGUGGAGCGCGAGCUGGAGAAGGUGUUGCACAAGUUCUCGGGCUACGGGCAGCUGUGCGAGCGCGGCCUGGAGGAGCUCAUCGACUACACCGGCGGCCUCAAGCACGAGAUCCUGCAGAGCCACGGUCAAGAUGCUGAAUUAUCAGGGACACUUUCACUUGUUCUGACACAGUGCUGUAAGAGAAUAAAGGACACUGUUCAAAAGCUGGCCUCUGACCACAAAGACAUCCACAGCAGCGUCUCUCGAGUUGGAAAAGCCAUUGAUAAGAAUUUUGACUCUGACAUUAGCAGUGUGGGAAUAGAUGGCUGCUGGCAGGCAGACAGCCAGCGGCUUCUCAACGAGGUGAUGGUGGAGCACUUCUUCCGACAAGGGAUGCUGGAUGUAGCUGAAGAGCUCUGCCAGGAAUCUGGAUUGUCUGUGGACCCAAGUCAGAAAGAGCCAUUCGUGGAGUUGAAUCGAAUAUUAGAAGCAUUAAAAGUCAGAGUUCUGAGACCUGCUCUUGAGUGGGCAGUAUCAAACCGAGAAAUGCUCAUAGCCCAGAACAGCUCCUUAGAAUUUAAGCUACACCGACUGUACUUUAUUAGCUUGUUAAUGGGUGGAACUACCAAUCAGCGGGAAGCCUUACAGUAUGCGAAAAAUUUCCAGCCAUUUGCCCUAAAUCAUCAAAAAGACAUUCAGGUGUUGAUGGGAAGCCUCGUGUACCUGAGACAAGGGAUUGAGAACUCACCAUAUGUUCACCUGCUUGAUGCAAACCAGUGGGCUGACAUCUGUGACAUCUUUACACGGGACGCGUGUGCCCUUCUGGGGCUCUCCGUGGAGUCACCUCUCAGUGUCAGUUUCUCAGCAGGUUGUGUGGCACUGCCCGCACUAAUCAACAUCAAAGCUGUGAUUGAGCAGAGGCAGUGUACUGGAGUUUGGAACCAGAAAGACGAAUUACCUAUCGAAGUGGACCUUGGUAAGAAGUGCUGGUACCACUCUAUAUUUGCCUGCCCCAUUCUUCGUCAGCAAACAACAGAUAACAAUCCACCCAUGAAAUUGGUUUGUGGUCAUAUUAUAUCAAGAGAUGCCCUGAAUAAAAUGUUUAAUGGUAGCAAAUUAAAAUGUCCAUAUUGCCCAAUGGAACAGAGUCCAGGAGAUGCCAAACAGAUAUUUUUCUGAAGAAAUGAGUUUGUUUGCAAUUUGUAAGUGAAACUGAAUUAUGGGUACAUUCGAGACAAGAGCGAUCCAUUGACUGCAGCUAUCCAAGGACUGCCGGGUUUAUAAGCUGUGUUCCAGAAGCUGCUGACACACGAGUGUGCACGAGGGAGAGCUCCAGAUGGGUGUUACAUAGGGCUUUUCACUCUUGGUCUUCGUUUCUGAUCAAGUAAAUACACCAGCAGUUGUCAUUCAGUGCAGGUUUUUGUACUUACUCUAUGGUGAUUUUUUUUCUUUUCUUUUUUUUACUUAAAAGCAGAAACAGAAGUUGACCUUCCUGACAUGUGUUUGAUAUUCUUCCCACGUUUACUUCUGCCAUUUUCUUGAUAAUUGUAAGCUUGAGUGUGUUUGUGGAACAACUUACUUUCUUGUUAUGUAUACAUAGUUAAAUGAAAAUUCUUCAUAGUAGCUUGACAGAUUGAAUUGUGGUUAUACAACAAAUUUGCUUUUUUGUUUUGUUUUUCUUUUUGGCUUAAGGAAGAAAGCUGUGAUAAAUUUCAAAUUUGUGUUGCUUUUUGAUGUUUUUCUCUGCUCCAGCUCUUGCUUCAAAGUCAGCCUGCCUGCAUCUGAAUAGUCUAUAGCCCUAAGCAGGCUUCCUGUUUAAAAUCCCAUCAUGAAUUUAACAGGCUGAUGUGAAAAUGAAAGAAAUAUUACUGGUUCUUUGCUUUUAUUACCAAGAGGUGCUUUUUAAAAGUGUAUUUAAUAAAUGGAAUUCUGAAGUUAGGGUGUUACUGUAUAUGCUCUCUCGGUCUUAGCACCCUGUCCUUUGAAAUCUGCCUCCAAGACUUGGCUGGGUAUCACAUUAGUUUGUCAUCAUGACACACGGUGUUGUGCAUGUGUAUGUAAAUACGCACACCAGCAUCAAACGUGUGUAUGUGGGAGGGAAGAAGCACGUUGCCAGACUCAUCACUUCCGGUCCUUAAGGGUAGACGCUAGUAACGUUGUGUACCGUGGACCACUAUUACUGCUGGUGUGUGUUGAGUUAGUAUAUUGUUCAUGCCUCUCUUCUGCAGAGUGUCUUAUUGAGUUGACUGUGAACCUGUAUAUUAAUCAGAUGGCUACAGAUAAUGAUCUUUUCUUUUGUGAGGUAUCAUCAUUUAAUGCACUGCCCAGAAAGAGCCAUGUGUAAGAGUUAUUCUCUGAAUGAAGAACUGCAUGGAAAAGACUUCUGUGGACAUAAUUCUGACUUAAACCCAUGAAAUACUUCAUCUUGAGAAGAGUGCUGUGUGGAAAUCACCAAGUAGUUCACAACUAUAUUUCAUAUGACAUAGAUCUGAACGUCAACAUAGGAAUAUUUUCACGAGAAAAUGAAAAAAAAAGUUGUAAACACAGAAGCAAAGAGAAAAGUGACUCUUCCAGUUUUAAACUACAGAUGGACUUGGUUUAAAGGAAUGGGGAUAACAGCUUUGGUGCUACGUUAAUUAGAAAUUGCUGGCGUUCACAGUGUGUACCAGCCUGCAUGGCCUUUUCUGAGAUGUUUACCUGGGAAAGCUGGCAUUUGCCUGUGAAGGGAGAGAAUAAUACUGCAGAAAAGCCCUGUGACAUGAGAGAGUGGUCAGUUUCAUGUUGAUGGCUACCGUUUGCCACGUAGGUUAGCCAGGAUCGUGAUUGGCCCAGCUCAGAGUGCGUGCUUUGUUGAAACUCAGCCUGCCUCAUGGGGCCUGUGCUUCAGUGUUGGGUUGCCGUGGGAAGUCCUCUGUGCCCCACGAAGCAGUGAAAGAACAGACCAGUGCCAGGCAGUACCCUGUGGAGGGUGUAAACUCGUUUACUAUAGAUAAUCUUUCCUUUGAAGUAAAUUCUAGAGUGUCAGGCUUAUUUUUUUUUUUUUAAUAACUUUGAUAUUCCUAAACCAAAUUUAGAUUUUAGGGUUUUCCCCCAUAACUUAUUCUUACCUUCCAACUUCAGACAUCUACAUGACAUUUAGACUUUGCAUAAAAUUUGUGUGGUACAGACAUGUUCUUGAGGCUGGUGGCAAAUCUUUUGGGAGCUAGACACUUCACACAAUGGGCUCAGGCCAUCGUAAGGAGAGAGGCUCUGCCUGUUCCUCCUGGUGCUGGGAGUCACAUUGGCAGUAUCUUGUGAAGCUCAUGAAACUUUAAAAAGAAUGAGUUUUAGCAAGUAUUUGACCUUACAGCUGCCCCUGUAAAGUCUUAUAGUUGCAGUGGGCAGGGAGGGCAAGGGCCAAAACCAGAAACUUGAUCUGACAAUUUACUGUGGAAAUUAGGUGUGGAGGUUUUCUUUAGCUGUAUAUGAGAGACUGACUGCAGCAGGGGUGGGUUUGAGGGCGCCAGACCUUGACCAAAGAUGCUGAAGUACAACAUAGGAUCCUUGUACUCUAGAACGUGCUCCACAGUGGUGGGAAAGCGCGGCAUCGCUUGCAGGAGGGUGCCAUCUGUCUCCUUCAGCCCCGAAUCAGACAAGGUGAUGCUAGAGGCAAAGGUGGUCAGUCACGUGGAUAACAGGCAUUGGAAACAGCUGCAGAAUGGCUGCUUUGAGAGCCAUUUGCUUUCUAGGUAGGGACAAAGGCUGUCAUGGGACUCUGCUAAAUCAAUAAAACCUUACUAGCAAAUCUUUAGAUUCUAGUGUAGCCAGAGCCUCUCCACAGUGGCUAAGGUUGUCGUUGACCUUUUUCUCCUUUGUGUGAUCAUCACAGAUGCAUUUCUGUUUUAUUGAUGAUUAUACAAUUAGACUUUUAAUACAUAAAUGAACGGGUAUUGGUGCCUCUUUUAUUUUUAAAAAAAAAUUGAAGAGCCACCUCAUAUUCAUAGAGUAUGUAUUUUGUGAGUGUGUGAACUUUUAAUUGACAAUAAGAAAGUUAGGAAGUCAAGUUUUCGUUGUACUUUUUCCACAGCAGCUAAUGUGUAAGGAGACAUUAAACCCACACCAAAUCAUGUGGGGAUGAGGGUCCCCCAAUCAUCCUCUCCAGGGAGCCAGUCCCAUAGGCUGUGCGGCUCACACUCCAUGUUCUUACGCCGUGUGUUCUCUCCGCCUCGGUGGUGCCAGUCUUUGGGACAGUGCAUAUCAAAAGCCAAGAGCUCUUGGUUUAUCUGCACGAUUCAAGCUGCUGGUACAUGACACAAGCCCUCUGGUUUCCCAGCCCAGCCUCUCAUAGGCUGUCAGUCUGUUAGUCAGCCGACUCAGGUUAUCUUCAGGGAAGGUGUGGAGAUGUGGAAUGUUCAGUUCAUCUCUAGGAUGUGUAUGGUGACGACAAGCCAAAUACGUUUCACCAUUGAACUGUCUGUACAUUACCCUUGGUAACAAUAGAAUACCGUGGUCUUGGGGAACACACAGAGGGAACACGUAGCAAGGACCACAUAAAAGCUCGGUGUUUUGUUAGCCUGCAGCCGACAGGUUGUGUGUGGUACUGUCGUGUUCACCAUAAGCAGGUACAAGCUUCAUGAACUUUUCAUACUGAAUUAUAAUUGAGUAGAUACCAAAAACAGAGUGGCAAAUGUAUUUUAGUAGCGGACGAGGCAGGUAGCUUUAGGAUGAAAUUUCCACUGUUGAUUUUACUUCAAGAUGUAGCAAGAGAAAUUUUUUAAGAUGUUUUUAAGCUAUAGCAGGCAUAUGCUUCAUUUAUUUCCAAAGAGGCAAAAAGCAGCUAGACUCGAUUGUACACGUGUUUUGCUCCAUGGUGUGGGUGGAUACUUAAACACUUUCUUAGUAACAGUCUUAAGCCACUCGCAGGCAGGCAGGUGUGGGGUUCUGUAGGAUUUAGUGCCCUGGGAUGGCGGGGAAGUGUGAGGAAACAGGAGUGUGAGUGUGAGUGCAUGUGUGGAAAUUCACCAUCACCCCACCCCCAACCCUGAAGCUAGCAAGCAGCUACUGUUGGCCCUGUCACUCACGACUGCAGCGUGCAUGCAUUUCUUCACCUUCUUUUCUAACCUACACUAAGACUUCAUCGGCUCAUCUUGCUCAGAUGGCUCAGGAUUCUGUUCUUUGGCUUACCCCAUGCUCCUGGGUUCUAUAGUGUUUCUAUAAUUAUGAAUAGUGUUGCACUGUAAUCUAUCAUAUAGAGCUAUAUGUAUGGAAAUUUUUGAUCAGUUUUUUUAAGAGAUGUAUCCUGUUUGCAAAGGCACAAUAAAAUUGCAUCUUCUAGAUUAUAGGCAAUAAAGGUAACAAUAAACCUUACUUAAAUCAUACUGAUGCUCUCUGCUCAUUUGAUUUUUUGGGGAAAAAAAGUCUAACAUAUCCAGUAGUUUCAGGGAUUUCAUUUAACUUAAAAAUUCUGAUAUAUUUAAUUUAUAAAUUUCGGACUGAUAUAAUAGAGUUUGGAAAACUAUAAGAAAUGCUUUGUUAAUGUGUGUAUUCCUAUGUAAAACACAUGGCUUCUCCCGUGUAUAUUUUUAAGAUUAAAGAAUUGCACAUUUAAA